UAAUCAGUGUAAAAACAAAAACAGAUCUGAUCAACAAUGCAACAUAUUGAACUUAAAACAUUAACUUUGAAAAUGUUUUGUUAAGACCCGCUUUACUUGUGGUCCAAUCCACUCGGCAAACAAAAGGUUGCUUGCUUUUGUUUGAUAACAAAAACGUCGGAUAAAUUACCUAUAUUGAGUAGGCGGGUAUCAGAAUUAAUUCAAAGCUUAUGCCAAGCUAACGCAAAGUCUGCCAUAAUCUGAGGCUAGACAGGAGUUGUCAAGCCAGAUGGGCACACGAUAAGAGCCCCAUCCAGCCACAGCCACAGCCACAGCAGCAACAAGAAUGGAAUACAUACCUCUGCCAUUGGCAAAGCUUCUGUUGAUGUAGCUGUUGGGUCGCUGACAGCGCUGCCGUCACCAUGGCUGCCAUUAAGGACGACACACGCCAGCCGAGUGACGCCUGCCUAUGUUAAGGAAUUCCGUUUCCGGCAUCGCGUAUACGCGCCGUGAGCCGACAUCGGGGCGCAUCUUAAUUGCCGAAAUAUUUGCUCCGCCUUCGAUGAUUCAAAUUUUUACGGACUUCUUUCACAAUUUACAGCGCGCUUUGGAACGCAACGUUAGGGGUCGAAACUCAAGCCGAAUACCAAAUAGAAAAUCGUGAAAAUCAUAGCUUCCGUUCGACUUUUACACCAAACACGUGAGUCUCUAGCAAUACGAAAGGCACUUGACUUGCAGCAAAAAGCAAACGGUCAAAUGGCCGCUGUAAAGCGUUCUAAUUGCGUCUGGCUAAAAGGAUUUUCUGCGUACCCUCAAAGUAACCUCGUUUGUGUGUUUGUGUAAGCCGUUUAACUGAAUUGUGCGUGUGUCGCAGACACAGAAAGAGACACAGACCGACCGAGUUGCGCACCAGUAUUGAGCUAGACAGCCGUCGGGAACCGAAAUCAGCUUACAGCCUGCACGGAACUGGGCGACUGCCGUUUGCCUAAAAGCGUACUCCUGUAGGGAUCAAGUACACCAACACCGGGUCCUGUGCGACACGCAACACUGGCGAGUGCAAUUUGCCAGCAAUAGAAACGCAAUUAUGACAAAAUUGAACAAAGCGCGAGCAAAGUUCGUUAACAACAACCAGAAUAAUAAUAACAACAACAACAGCAACAGCAUCACUGGCAACAACAAUAAUCAGCAAGAGCAACGAAAGCAAAAUGUAAACGGCUAAGAGAUGACUCGCCAACUGGGUCCGAGCAGGGCACUGCAGCAGCAAACUUAAAGGCAACACAAUUGCGAACACAACUAAGGGGACAACAAGAACUAUUAGUAACAAAAACAAAACAAACGCCACAGCAACAAGAAAAACACGCAACAUAAAUGAAGUUAACAAUUUGUCAAAUUGCUAAAUUAUUUCUGCUGUUGACAGCCUUCUUCUUUCUUAAUUCCCACAACGCCUCAUCCACCUUCACCUUCACGUUCGCCUCGAACCUCACCUCUGGUUACUCCAACAGCAGCAGCAGCAGCAGCAGCUCGACGCCAACCCUCUCGCCAUUCCAGCCGGCCACAACGUCAGCUGACAUUGUGUCCAAGACAACGGCCAAUGCGACUGCAACAACCGCGGCAACGUCAACAGCUACGACAACAGCAGCAGCAGCCGCAGCAGCGCUUAGCAGCAAUUCAAUUUUGGUCACAGCAACAACAGCAAAAACUACUACAACAACAACAGGCCAGCAGAGACAACUACAACAGCAACAAGAACAACAACAACAACGUAAUGCGCGCGAAGUUGAUCGUCAGGCACGUCAAAAGCAAAUGUCCGCAAUACAACAGCAACAGGGGCAACAGCAGCAACAGCAGCAACUGGGGCAACAGCAGCAACAGGGGCAACAACGUCAACGCCGCGGAAAACAACAAAGACAACAACAACAACAACAACAACAGCAAGAAGCAAACACUGCAGCUUUGGCCGCUCAGCGUGUCGCAGUUUUAAUACCUUCAUCAGUCGACGUUGAUAUGAUGCAAGUGCAACAGGGCUUUCAGCAUUUCGUUGAGUUUUUUCAAGUGCAUUUGUCUAAUGCCAGCGUCGAUUUUCUACGUGAUGUCGAUUUAAGUGGCUUCAUUAAAUUACUCGAGCUACCCAAAUACACGAGCAUUGUAAAGACUUUAAAUGCGGGCAUUAAUGUAGACACCGAGGUGGACCUUGAUAAUGCUGGAGUUGACCCAACAAAGCAGUCGCGUCAGCAGCGAGCCCAAAUGAAACCGUUGUCAGCAGACUCUUUAUCAUCAUCCACACCAGAGACCCAACAUAGGAAACAUCAAAAACAACAGCGAAAGGACGAGCCGCAGGAGGAGCACUCAACUACCCGCAGCGUGGCCCACUGUCAGCAGCUGGCCGACCAGCUUGCUCACGAUUACAACAAGACCGUCGUUUUUUGGCCAUGUCCGCAGAUGAAAAUCUCGAGCAAUUUUCUGCCAUCAUUUGAGGCAAUUGCCCUGGCCGUGCGGAGCAUUGCCAGCAAGUUGAAUUGGACGCAGGUUGACAUCUAUGUUGGCGACGAGAAUUGGGGCCUACCGCUAGCCAUUGCGACCAACUUGCAUAUACCUUAUCGCAUUGAAAUCGGCGACACAAUACGUGACAUGCAUGAGCAGGAAAAGCCGGGCAAAGCAAUUAUUAUUACGGCGCCUCUGAACGAUGAGAGCACGCUGCGUUGGCUUGGGACUGGCAAGUGGGCAGAGCAGGACCAGCACACAAAAGUAUUGCUCAUCGAUAUUGUGGCCAGCUCAUUGAAUGUCGAGCACCGACUCUACAAAUAUUUGGCACGCAUCAAUGCGGCCACUGGCAAUGGUAAUGGUAAUGGCAACAGCAAUGGCAACAGCAAUGGCAACAGCAAUGGCAAUGGCAAUGGCAAUGGGAGCAGCAUACCGCAGUUGCCCGUGUCCGGGCUGGUGACCAGCAAUCUGUUGGUGCUGACGCUGCUAAGCGAUAAGCAUCGACACUUUCUGAAUGCGGCCGGGAUUGGCAUGGCCAUGGUGCACAAUUUUCGUACACCAGCGUCUGGCCAUGCGGUGAAUGGAGUGGAUAACCCAAUGGAGGCAUUGGCUCAUCAAAAUGCCAGCCUCAACAAGCUGCGACCCUUUAUGAAUCUGUUCUCGCUUUACGAUCUGUUGCUGUCGCACAUUGUGGCGGGCAGUGCAACGGCGACAAUACCGAAAUACGAUUUUUUAGUUCUCGACAUUGUUGUGGAUGCUGCGCUUGCCACAUACAAAUGGCGGCCGUUGCUCAUACUGGAGGGCGGCAAGGGUGCAGGUCACGGCAGUUAUAUAACGCACUCCAUUCAACCCGGAUACGAUGAAUGGCUGUUGGUCAGCAGCGUUCAAAUGUGGCAUUGUGGCGCCAUCUGUUGGACAAUCGCAGCAAUAUGCAUGGGCUUACUGGUCAUCAUUGUGGUUGCCAGCGUGGCUGCCGGCGUAGCCGUGAGAAACUACUUUUUACGCAAAAGACUGUCGAAGGGACCCAACAAAAUUGUGCUCUCGGCCAGUGACUUUGUAUUUCCCGUGGACUCCCGUCGCGUGGACGAGGGCAUCGAGGCGAUGCUCUGCUGCUGGCUACAACAGCUACAGGAAUUCGGAGGUCCCGAGGUGGACAAGCCGGAUCUGCUCAAGGGCUCCAUUGGCUCGCUAAAAAAUUUGGGUUUUGUCAUACCCGGCGCAACAGGAGCUGGCAACAACGGUGCCAUAACUGGAACUGGAGGAGCCGCCACAACGGCGACUGUCAAUGGCAAGAGUGGCUCCACGGCCACGGGCAGCCUGGCGCGUCAUAAGCCGGCACAUCUGGACAUGCGGGCCCGCUACAAUGGCGAUCUGGUGCAGCUCAAGGAGAUAAACUUGAAUGGAUCCACAGAGCUGCGCUCCAAGGCCAUGGAUCUGCUGGUGAUGGCGCACGGACUGCGCCACGAGAAUAUAAAUCCACUAAUUGGCUGGCUAUCGGAUCCGAAUCGCACAGCCAUGGUUUUCGACUAUUGCUCGCGCGGCUCACUGCAGGAUGUGCUUAUUAUGGAUGAGAUUAAGCUGGACUGGUCCUUCCGUCUUAGUCUGCUUACCGAUCUGGUACGCGGCAUGCGCUACCUGCACGCCUCUCCCAUUCGCAUCCAUGGUGCAUUGACGUCCAGAAACUGUGUCGUCGACGCCAGAUGGGUGCUCAAGGUAACCGACUAUGGUCUGAAUUCCUUUUACGAGUCGCAGGGCUUGUCGCCCUUGCCACGCAGCACUAAGGAAUUACUGUGGACGGCGCCCGAGUUGCUGCGCACCAUGAAAACGCAGCAACAGCAGCAUCAUCAUCAUCAUAAUCUACACGGACGUGUGCAGAUGGGCACACAGCUGGGCGACGUCUACUCCUUCGGCAUCAUUAUGCAGGAGGUGGUUGUCCGUGGUGAACCCUACUGCAUGCUCUCACUCUCGCCGGACGAGAUUAUAGCCAAAAUCAAAAAGCCACCGCCACUGAUAAGGCCCUCAGUGUCCAAAGGAGCUGCCCCGCCAGAGGCCAUCAACAUAAUGCGACAGUGUUGGGCCGAACAGCCCGAAAUGCGACCUGAUUUCAAUUCCGUUUACGAGCGCUUUAAGAUGCUCAAUCACGGACGUAAAGUCAACUUUGUGGACACAAUGUUCCAAAUGCUUGAGAAGUAUUCGAACAAUCUGGAGGAGCUAAUACGCGAGCGCACCGAGCAACUGGACAUUGAAAGAAAGAAGACUGAGCAGCUGCUAAUUCGCAUGUUACCAAGCUCUGUUGCCGAGAAACUUAAGAUGGGCCUGGCCGUCGAUCCUGAGGAAUUCUCUGAUGUCACCAUAUACUUUAGCGACAUUGUUGGUUUUACAACAAUCGCAGCCCACUGCAGUCCCGUGCAGGUGGUGGAUCUGCUCAACGACCUCUACACAAUAUUCGACGCAACAAUCAAUGCUUACAAUGUCUACAAGGUGGAGACCAUCGGAGAUGCUUAUAUGGUGGUCAGCGGGCUACCGGUGAAGAUACCCGAUCAUGCCGAGCAGAUAGCCACCAUGGCGCUCGAUCUGCUGCAUCAAAGCGGACGCUUCAAUGUCAAGCAUCUGCCGGGCGUGCCGCUUCAGCUACGGAUUGGUCUGCACACGGGUCCCUGCUGUGCCGGCGUUGUGGGUCUAACGAUGCCGCGCUAUUGCCUGUUUGGUGAUACGGUCAAUACGGCCUCCCGAAUGGAAUCUACGGGUUCCUCCUGGCGCAUUCACAUGUCGCAAGAGACUCGCGAUCGCUUGGAGGCCCGUGGUGGAUAUUCCAUAGAACCUCGCGGGCUCAUCGAUAUCAAGGGCAAAGGCAUGAUGAACACGUUUUGGCUGCUGGGCAGAAAGGGAUUCGACAAGCCGCUACCUGUGCCACCUCCCAUUGGACUGGACGAAUCCCUAAUACGCAACUCGAUCACACUGAAGGCGCAGGCGAACAAAUCGCGCAACAGCACAAAUCCCUCGUCCUCGCAGAGCUCUUCGCUGGCUGGUGAGUCGGUGGAGGUCAAGGUGGAGAUAACACCACCCGCUAACACGGACAUGUGCUCAAGCCAUCUGCCCAAUUCGUAUUCGCUGGACUCGAAUUCCACCAACACGAUUAGCCCAAAUCCGACGCUGUGCCCCGAGUUUCCCAGCAAAACGCCAAGCAGCACAAGUCCACAGUCGCGGAAGCUGUCUGAACUAACGCCGGAUAGUCUGCUGAAUCCGAACAGCUUUAAUCGCUUGCCCAGCUCUACGGGCGGGUCUAGCUCCCGGCUGUAUAAGAAGAUUGAGGAAAUGAUGGAUCUCAGCUCACCGUAUAAUCACUAUAAAUGCCUCAGUCCCAGCGAGAGCAACCUAUCCCAGUUCUAUGAUGGCAAAUAUCUGUACGGAAAUGCGGGCGGUGGCAGCGUCGCUGGAGCCACUGGACCUGGCAGUGGGGGCUGCUCCAUUAGUGGCAGCUCCUCGAAGUUUGACAGCAAGCCCGGUUCGAGUCGCCUGCUGCGCCGUCAGUUCAGCCUGGACCGUGACGACCAGCAGGCCAAGGUGGAGCACCAGCACCAGCUCUCGCUGCAGGCGAACAACUAUGCAGCCCUGAUGUUUGCCAGCAAGAACUCCAUGCUGGAGAUACCGAUGCUGCACGACACAUCGCGCAGUCCGAAGGGCACAUUGACACGGGCGCACAGGCAGAACUCUACCUCCAUUGCGCAGGAUCUGGAGAAGAUUGAGGAAAUACCGUUAUCGCCGGCCUCCUCGCAACACCACAGCAGUCUCGAUAGCAACCUAAAUCGCAGUCCACCCUCCACCCAGGAAGCGCAAUCGCCGCCGAUGCUACCCCCGCCCGCUCCGGCCACCCAGCUGAGUCCACCUUUGCUCUCGGCACCCACCUCGCCGGCACCGUCGCGCACUCUGAAUGGCCUGGAUGCGCACAGCCGAAGCAGCAAGAACAAUAACAACAACAGCAGCAGCAGCAGCGGCAGCCCCAAUGCGCCAGAGGAAACCGCCAGGCCCGGCCCCGAGAUAGUCCUCAGCGUGGAGCAGCUGCUGAGCAGAUAGGACACAGUUUAGGCCUCUGCGCCAAGUAACUUAUAAAGCUUUAGGUCCGAGGCCAUCUUAAUGUGAGUGUCCGAGAAUUUGAGUGUUGUGAUGUGCAAAGUAAAGUACCUCGAUGCAGGCAAACUUGGUUCCAGCUGCAAAAUAAAAGUACAAUUUAGUUCAAGAUUAGAAAUGUCCCGCGAUCGAUAUAUUUGAUACGGAUAUUCAAACUGGCUUGGAUCGACAUUAGACAUUGUAGCCAAUUAAAUUUCCUAACUAGCUUUAUUUUCUUAUGAUUCGCCCCAUGGAAAACUGACGAAAGAGAGUAGAAAGUAGCCUUAUAUUUGAUUUAAUCUAAAUUGAUAAUACGAAAUAACAAUUCGCAUGAUUCGUAUUUAGUAUAAAUGUUAGAAUACCGUAGAGACAAUUGUCAUAAAAAAAUAUUUAAAUUCUAUUUGUAUCUGGUUAGUAAGUAUAAAGAUUCGGUUCGGUAACCAUCUUAAGUAUUAAUCAAUUUUGUGUGUAAGUCUAAUCAAAAGUAUAAUUAACUACUUAUAUGGUAUAAUCAACUACAUGCAAUUUCUGAACUGAACAAAAACUAUAUCUGAUCAAAAUGUCGGGCUGAUUCUUUCACUCACUCGAAUGUGUUUUCAAUUCUACACGAAGUUCCUUUCGAAGUAUUGAAAAUAUACCUACAUAUAUAUACAUACAUAUAUACCAGUAUGUAAAUAAAGUUGAGAUACUGUUAAAAUAUUAAAGAACGUAUUUGGCGACAAGCAUAAUAUCAAAUAAGAAUUAAAUACGUGAAUUUAGUUUUCUAAAGACAAUCGUUGUUUAUUUUAUAAAACAAAACAAAGGCAAGAAGAAAAAACGUCUAUCUACGGCACGCCGCAGAUUUAAUACCCUUGUAGACAUAUGGCUUUGAAGUGCUUUUAUACAAAAGCUUUAUUUUUGAUCAAUUGUUCCUAUGGGAGCCAUAUGAUAUACUAAUCCGGUUUGAUAAAGUUUUUACAUGAAUGUUAAAUGGAAAGUGAAGCUCGUAAUUUUAAGGUUUCGUCAAGAAAUCGUUUGUUAUAUACAAAAACUCAUCCCACGACCGAUUAUUAACAUGGUACACUGAUGUUGAUAAGACAUAGCUCAUAUAAAAACUAGUAAAUGCCAAGUUUGGGGACAAGUUAUCUUGAAAUAUAUUUUCUAUGACAGCUGAAUAAUACAAUAGCUGGCAGAGUUCGACACACAAACAGAACAAGUCUUAAAACUAAGAGACUUGUUUGCAUAAAAGCAGACGGACAGAAAUUGGUAAAUUGGGCUUGAAAAGAGGACUCCUUCUAUAUGUUAGACAUUAUGUGACAAAAUAAUAAUACCCGCUACAAGGGUAUAACAAGAAAAGUACAUUAGAUUGUGGCGAAGGUAAAAUAUAUGUGUUUAAUGAUCCGCAAGAGUUGAUCUUAUUGUCUAUUUGUAGCGGCUCUUUGGUAGUCUAGUCGGAUUGUAAACUACUCAACCUCUGUGUCAAGUAUAAAUAUAAAUAUAAAUAUUUCAUAAAAACAGCUAGAAAAUCAAAAAUAUCAGUUAAUAAAUGUAAGUCUAGCUAAAUUAACUGGAAUAUAAUUCAAAUUUAAAUCAAUUUCACUAAUGCAAAACUUUUAUAACCUACAUAGGCUUAGCUCUAAGACCAAACAAAAAAAAUGUUUAAUUAGUGCAAAUAUUUUAU